AUGCCCGCUCGUCGCCGCACGCCCCGUCGGCUCCCUGACACCCGCGCGACCCCGCCCGCUCGCCCGGCCUCCCGGUCCUACCGCCCGCUGCCCGAUACUCGCGAACGCCGCCACGCCCGCUCGCCUCGUCCACUGCGUCACAGGGCGACAUCCCUCAGCAGCGCCCCGGCCCCCGUGCUGCCCGCCGCGAACCCCGGACACUGUACUGGUACCAUAACUACACUAUCUGGGUUGACACUUCAGUUGAAUUCUGGAUUUAUUCUUUUGGUCUGGUUCUCUCCUUAUGAUUGUCUUCUACUGUAUGACCUGGUGUGGGACUUGAUAAAGCUUGGAGAUUAUCUUAGUGCAAGGGAUGAUGUCGAUCCCUCUAGGAUAGGGAUUAUUGGUGAAUCACUCGGAGGCAUGCAUGCAUGGUUUGCUUCUUUUGUGGAUACACGAUACAGUGUUGUUGUUCCAAUAAUUGGUGUUCAGGGAUUUCAAUGGGCAAUAGAUAAUGACAUGUGGCAAGCUAGAGUUGAUAGCAUUAAGCAUUUAUUUGAAGAAGCAAGAAUUGAUUCAGGGAAGAGUGAAAUAGAUGCAGAGGUUGUGAAAAAGGUUUGGGACAAGAUAGCACCUGCUACGGCUUCACAGUUUGAUGCUCCCUACUCAGUUCCUCUGAUUGCACCACGUCCACUCCUCCUCCUAAAUGGUGCGGACGACCCUCGUUGCCCUGUCCUUGGUCUACAAGAACUUGCCUCCAAAGCUGUCGAGGCUUAUGCAGAAGCUGGUUCUGCGGAUAAGUUCAAGGGUCCAAAAACUAGCUCGACUGGAUUCUAG